AAAUCUCGGAAGUGCAGUUGUUUACGGAAUCAGGAGGAAAUGCGAUAGCUCAACGGAAACAAUUUGUAACGUUAGAUUACAGCGAAGCAGUUGAAUUACUCUUGCUACCAAAUCCAUCUUGCACUGACCAUAAACUACAUGCAUGUAAAAUAUGGUAAAUGUGUUUGUCCGAUAAUAGCCUAUGACUUAGUGGUCGGACUGUGUACCGUUAACUCUGAAUCAAAACUAGUGCUGCAAGCUAGUUAGCUAACGUUGGCAUUACAAGCGACCUAUUGUUUGUUUCACAUUAAGUUUAGUGUGAUGGACGUCAGCGAACAGUACAUUUAAAACAACCAAUACACGUCUACAACCUGCUCAACGUUACCUACACUGAAAACCGAGUUUAAGAAAGUGUCACAGCCAGUUUAAAGAGACCGUCGUUAGCUGUGGCUGACAAAUGCCACUCUACUUCAAGAGCCAAUUGAAAGUCGCCCUCUCGUCACUUUACUGAAAAUCAAACUCCAGACCGUCCAGAGUUAUCGCACGUUGUCGGCGUAAUGGCCGAGGCUAUAGUAACGUUUCAGUCCCAACUUUCUGGUGUCAUGGAAACUGUCUUCAAAGCUGCCAUGUAUGAGAUCACCCGGCUGGUGGAGGACAGUUUUUUGGAAGAGGUAACAAGGUGCAGGGAGCAGGUCGAGUCCCUGAAGAGGCGACUGAAGUGGUCAGAGAGCCGACGCAAAGAAAGAGAGGGGGACACGAGGGGGAGGUGUAUGGACUGCGGAAGAGUCGGGGUGUCCAGUGAGGAAGAACCCAGAGCGACAGAGAAAAGGCUUAAACAGGAGUGUGUGCUGCAAGAAGAGAUAAAUAGCUCCCAGGGCACCGACGGAGAGAAACCUAGUCAUGAAGCGGAAGAGGCCCACAGUGCCAUGAAGGCACCACAGUCUCCAGGUGUACAGGGUGAAAAGCUUGAUAGACUACUCAAGGAGGAAGCCCUUCGAAUCACACCAGAAACAAAUGAGUCCCAAGAGCGAUGGGGAGUCAGUUUGGAGGAAACGGAGGCAUCGGGUCUGCCGGGGCCCAGUAAGCGUUACAGUGAGCAGAAGACCCCAAAGUGCCAUAUGAACUGGGAAGUUGGCUUUGACCAGAGGCCCCAAUCAGGCCAAGAUGGACACUCAAGUGACCCAUCUGAACCACUUUUCCAGAACAGGUAUGGUAUGGAGGACUUGGGUGGCUUUGACAAGACUGGCUAUGGAGACGGCAGUAUGAUAGACAUGGGUAACUUGGAGGAUUUACAAGGGUCACCAUCCCACCUGGGUGAGGAUCUGAGUUACAUGGGGCACUAUGAUGGGGAUGUGGAAGCAGAAGGAGCCGAGCAUCAAGCUUACCAAGCAUGCGCCCCAAGGAAUAGAAGGGGCACAGUCGGUUCACCUGCAGACUCACCCUCAAGGACUAACAUUGAUGUAAGUGGAGGGUUCAGCUGUUUAUUGAUCAAUGAAGAAGGGUAUCUACAGGACCCAAGUAUCUUGUACCCUGAACAUGUGUCUGGUGAAUCAGGCAGCAAGUUGAGCCUCCGGGGCCAGGGUAUUCGCAUUGACCCAUCUUUUGACAGCACAGAGCACAUGUAUGGGCCAUCAAAUGCAUACAGUGGUACUUUAAACCUGGGUGAGAGGUUGCAGCAUCAGGCAGCAGGAAGAGGAGGGAGAAGACACAUCUGUAACCAGUGCUCCAUGUCCUUUCCCGAUUCUGCUUCACUAAAGGCCCACAAGCAGACACACAAGGGCACCGGACAGGUGCCGCCAUACUCCUGCAACCAGUGCGGAAAGACCUUCACUCAAGCCUGUAACCUCAAAGUCCACCAGAGGAUUCACUCGGGGCAGGGGCUUCACCUCUGUAGCCAUUGCGGUAAAGGUUUCCCUUCUUUCUCUGACCUAAAGACACACAAGUGUGGCCAAACAGGUGACAAACCGUACUGCUGCACUGUGUGUGGAAACAAGUUCAGCCGUCUCUGGAAUCUGAAGUUGCACCGGAGAAUUCACACACAGGAAAAACCUCAUCGCUGCACCAUGUGUGACAAGAGCUUCACACGGGCGGACAUAUUGAAGGUUCACCAGCGUACCCACACAGGGGAAAGACCAUACUGCUGCACUGUCUGUGGCCUCAGCUUCAAACGCCUGGAUCAUUUGAAAUCACAUCAACGCAAACACAUGACAGAUCUGUAAAACAAGGGAAGUUUUGGGAGCGUCAGAGAAUUUAAAGGGGACCUAUUAUACUUUCCCUUAUUUUCUCUCAUAUAUAUCAUGUUAUAUAAUGACAGAUGUUCAUAUUAAACGGCCAAAGUAUUAAAUAAUGAAAAAAUCAUAUGUAAAAGUAAUCCUUUUGAGCAAAAAUGUUUCCAGCUGCUCUCCCUCAACUCUCUCUCUGAUGGACAGACAGCUUUAUUUGUUGCUAAAGUAGCGAACCACUAACUGCUGCUAAGUGUAACUGCUAGUUAGCUCAGUUAGUCAUGCAGCUAUCCGUCCUAUUAAAUGACUCUGCCUGAUCAGAGCAAUCAGUAAAGGAGCUCCCAGUCCGACCAAUUAGCUAGUGGCACCCACAGUUAGCAGUUGUUAACAACUAAAGUAGCUGACCACUAAUGACAGGUAAAGCUAUCUGUCCACCAGGACACGCUGUUAAUCACUAAAAGCUGAAACAGAGCAGCUGGAGGACAUCAGAAGGAAAACCUGAAAAUAUGUUCUCCAUAUAAUUGAAUCCAGCUUCACCAAAAUAAGUUAUUAAAGUUAAAAAGUUGAGCAUUUCUGUACAGUAAUCAAUGAGGCCUGGCCCCCAAGAAAGACUUUAAUCAAAUUCUCCUUUCCUGGCUAAAUUACUGUGGCUGUCGUAUAUGCCGUCGAGCACACCAGCAAGCACUGGUUGCUCACCCUAGGUAGGCUACCGGAAGUUGGCCAAUCAGAGGAUAGUGGAACUUUAGGGAGGGGGACCUUGAAGAAACAUGAGCUAUAACAGUUUUUUUUUCAGACAGAGGAUGAACUGAGGGGCCUGCCAGUAUUAGACAAAUUAUGAGUUUUUGUGCUGUGCAUUAUGCAAAUGUGCUCAAGUGCAAUCCCAGAAUAAAAAUAUAUAGACUGGAAAUUAGCAUAACAGGUCCCCUUUAAGGUUGUUUGUUGUAUUGGGAUAUUUAAAAAUGAAUGCUUCUAUGUAUGAGCCAUGGAUGCUUUUCACCAAAGUAUUUUUUUUUUUCUUACUACUUUUCAACUCCAAAUCCUUUUUAUUCGAAAACUUUUUUUUUGGUAACAUACAUGUUUCUUGUGUUUGAUAAGUCUACUCACAUCCUUUUUUUUUUUGCAUAUUUUGUUACUGAAAAAAUGACUCACAUUAAGUAAAAUGGAGAAAAGGCUAAUAACGCUAUUGUUGUCACUACAAUACAGAUGAAAAAUAAAUCAAAUGAUGUCUGUAAAUGUUUUCUGUAAAUGAAACAAUUGAGGCCAAAGCCAUGACUGUCCAUGUCAUUUUUAUUUCAUUAAAUCAGUGAACACACUUAAAAA